GGCACGAGAGCUUCCGGCGUGCAUUUUUGGCUAAAUCCAUGUCGUGCCGCCGCCGUGGUUUUUGUUAUUGCAUCUUUGAAAGUUCACCGUCGCAAAAAAGUGCAUUGGAUUUCCAUUCCAUCCCUAUUCUGGGUGAUUUUUUGGCCUACUUUUCUGCCCGUUUUGAUCGAGCUUUUUAACCGGAAUCAUCCGUAACUCGCCGAAGCGGCACGAGGAAUGGGGAAGAAAGGGAAGUGGUUUGACGCCGUGCAGAGGAUCCUGAGCACUUCUGAACCAGAUCCCGUGGAGGCGGAUGCUAAGAAGGCUGCGAAGCUGAAAGACAAGCCGAGCUUCAAGAAGAUAUGGCAGUUCAGCAAAUCGCACCCGUCAGGUGCUUCCACGUCCGCCGCGCCGACAAGGUGCGACGACGGCGGCGUCUCCACGGCGGAUGUGGCUUCAAAGGCUGGCGCCGACGCCGCGGCAGUCGCGCGCCCCGCGGUCACCACGCCCAGGGCGUGGGCUGCGCGUUCGAAGGAGGACAUCGCCGCCACCAGGAUCCAGGCGGCUUGCAGGGGCUAUAUGGCAAGGAGAGCGCACCAGGAAAGAGGGAUGGCUCGGCUGAUGUCGCUGGUUGAGGGGUUCACCAUCAAGCGCCAAACCGAGGAAGCACUGUACUGCAUGCAGACGAUGACGAGGAUCCAGACCCAGAUAUACUCGAGGAGGCUCAAGACGGAGGAGGACAAGAAGGCCCUCAAGAGCCAGAUCAAGGUUAAGCAGAGCCUGGACAAAAUAAAGAUUGGUGACGGCUGGGACCAGAGCCUUCAGUCCAAGGAGCAGAUGGAAGCCGUGCUGGUGAUGAAGCAAGAAGCCGCUUCAAGGCGACAAAGGGCGUUGUCAUAUGCAUUUUCUUAUCAGUGGAGGAAUAGGAAACCAUCUUCCGCGCGAGCUGGGCCUCCUCCGAUGUUCAUGGACCCGGGCAACCCGAACUGGGGCUGGAGCUGGACGGAGCGCUGGAUGGCGGCUGCGAGGCCGUGGGAGAACCAGACCGCGGCGCCGGCCGAUGGCCGUGGCGCGGCGAAAAGCGCCGGCCGAAUGCCUCGAGUGGCCGUCUCGAUUCAGAUACCCACGACGACGACGACGCCAGGGGGCAGGUCAUUCCGCCCACCGAGCUGGCCGUCGCUCCCGUCCCCAUCGACGCCCCCGCCGCGGUCCCCGUCGCUCCCGGGGAGGAUGGCAACGCCGUCGAGCCCCAGGAGCAGCACGCUCCACGCUUCCAGAGGCCUGCAGCGCACCAAGAGCAUGCAGCCGGAUGGCCGCCCGCGGAGCAGCCAGGAGCUCUCGGUGAGCAGCCCGCGCCGCGCCGUGCCGUCGAGCCCGAGGGGCGGCGGAAGCGGCAGCCCGCUCCACGCUUCCAGCGGCAUGCAGCCCCAGCGCCGGCCGCGGAGCAGCCAGGAGCUCUCGCGGCGCCCACGGAGCAGCCAGGAGCCCGGGGAGACCAGCCCGCGCCCGGGCGCCAAGGUCGCCCCGCUGCGGCGCACGACGAGCCUGCGGGCGGAGCUCCCGAGAAGGCUGAGCCUGGGAAGCGCCGCCGCGUCCGCGGGGGACGACGCGGCCGCGCCGGUGACCCCCAGCUACAUGCAGCAGACCAAGUCCGUGAAAGCCAAAGCCCGGUGCGCGAGCCCGUCGGCGUCGUCGGCCGCGGCGGACGUGUUCGACGACGCUCCAGACAGCGGGCCAGCGCCUCUGCGGGUGCCGUCGCCGUCUUCAGCGAAGAAGCGCCUGUCCCUGGAGUUCGCGGACAAGCCGAGCGCCUCGUCGCCGAGCAAGGUGGCCGCGGAGAGGGUGAUGAGACGGCAAUCGCAGCCUCCAAGCCCCAGGAUGUCGUCGCUUUCCUGAAGCGAUCUAGUAGAAGAGAGACGGAUGGAAUGAAACAAACCAGUUGUGUCUUGUAGGUGGUUACAUAUCCAGUGAGGUUUGUUUUCUAUUGUGUCUAAAUUCGGGUCAGCCUGGCGAUUCGUAUUCCCUUUUUUGCGUUUGGUCAUGUAGCCAUAGGGGGUUUGUUGAUGGCCUGAUGGCCUUGUACAUUGUAUUGAUCUCAUU